GUCUGGAAACACAGUUUGCGAAUUUAGGGAUUUAGGGACUUAGAGAUUUUGAAAUCAGAAAAUUCCCAUUGGGUUAGAAAAUUCGAGAUUACAGUUUGGAAAUUUUGGAAGUGGAAGAUUUGAAAUUUAGAAGCUUUAAGAUUGUGAUCUGAUCAGUGAUUAAAGAUAAACCAAGUAAGAUCAGUGAUCAAGAUUAAUUUAUGUCAAGUAAUUGCUAAGUAAUCAAUAAAUGAGGAAAGCAACUUAAGCACGUCAACUCAAUGAUAUUUAACCACUGAUUAAUAUUGUAAUACACUGAUAAUAUUGUAAAUUUUAUACAUUUAAUUUAAAUAUUUUCGAUGAUAUUUAUAUUACCGAUCAACCCCCGUAUUCAAAAAUUGAAGCUCUGAAGAAUGUUUCUAUCUAACAAACUCCUUUCAAUAACAUAAAUUUUAUUUAAAUAUUCUUGCGGGAAGUCAGUCUAUAAACAUUAUCGCGCACAAGUUUCUGUCGAUUCAUCUUGUAUAAUGAGCAUUAAAAUCGUUUACCGAAAAACAUGCGAUUUUGCUUUUUGCAAUUUACACGUUUCUGCCAUUACGAGCCGUGACACAAUGAAUCAUACCUUUUCAUAUUUCUUCCGCGAAUUGACAGAAAUGUUCAAUAAUUCAUUGGUCAAACCGCAAAAUCGUGGAGAUGGUUAAGUACCAGCGUUCUCAGUGAAUGCGUAAUGAGCACACACAUAUACAUAAGGACCUUAUCUUGUAUGCGAUUGUAUGAAAAAAACUAUCGAAAUCGUUUCUUCGUCGAGAGAGAUGAACAGAAGAAUCAGAAUUAUAAACGUUCAGAAUUACUUGUAAAUGUCGUGAUCGAACAGUACCCGUUUCGUGCAGCAUUUUUUCGUUCCUGCUUUGUUCUCACGUUUAUCAUAGUUGCCGAAGCAUUAUAAAAUACGUGCGUGAGCGAUCAGCUUCUUGCGGACGGUGAAGAGAAGAGAAAGAGGAUCGCGUUGAAUAUUGACACAAAAAUGCUGAAAAUUGGAUUCCUUGGUGGCGGAAAAAUGGCCCAAGCUUUGGCGAAGGGCUUCAUUCGAGCAGGUUUAAGCAAGGGCGAUAUGAUGUUGGCUAGCUGCCUUCCAAACGACGCGGGCAGCAUAGAAGCAUUUAAGGAAUUAGGAUCCAGCACUGUUUACACGAAUGGACCCGUAAUCGAUCACGGAGAUGUUCUGAUUUUAUCGGUGAAACCACAGGUGGUACCGAAAGUUCUCCCAGAUUUAAAGAAUUACAGGAAACUCUUACUGUCUAUCGCGAUGGGCAUUCCGCUGUCAUCACUGGAGAAGGCUCUUCCGGAAGGCACGCCAGUGAUAAGAGUGAUGCCCAACACCCCUGCCCUUGUGGGCUGUGGUGCGACCGUGUACGCUCGUGGAACGUCGGCUGGAGAUAAGGAAGCAGAAAUAGCAGAGAAGUUGUUUUCUGCAGUCGGUUUCUGUGAAGAAGUUCCUGAAAAUCUAAUUGAUCCUGUCACUGCUUUAGCUGGUUCUGGACCUGCAUAUGUGUACAUGAUGAUAGAAGCUUUAGCUGAUGGAGCUGUAAAAAUGGGUCUGAUGAGGCAUACCGCGUAUAAAUUGGCCGCACAAACUGUUCUUGGAGCUGGCACCAUGGUCCGAGACACGAAUACUCAUCCAGGACAACUUAAAGACGACGUGGCUUCACCAGCAGGGUCUACCAUAACGGCAAUUCAUUAUUUGGAACAACAUGGUUUGAGAUCGGCAAUAAUCGGGGCAAUCGAGGCUGCAACGAAACGAUGUAAAGAAGUCAGUUCACUUUCGGAGAAAAGACUGGAUUAAUGGUAAUGGAAUCGAAACUCUGUACUGUAGUCGGCUAAAGUUAUCAAAAGGAAACUGAACCAUAAAUACAAUACACUUUAACAUGA